UUUUUUCCUCUCAGAGAAAUGUCUGCAGGCGAACACACGACUGUAGCUGCAAACACAAACACAAAUCCAGACGACCAGUCGCUGAAACUUGCCCUAGCAAUCUCUCUUCUACGAUCGAAGUUCAUUCAAAACCGGCCUCCUCCGACCGAUCGGAAUGAGUCUGAUGCUUUGCGAUGGAAGCGAAAGGUCCCCCCAGCUCAUAAACUCCUCACCUCUCAGCUAAGGAGCGAAAGCAAGAGCUUCUGCUACUCAGAGAAGAUCUCAAGGAAGCUGAAGUGCGACUUGUUUCCGAAAAGUGCCUCUUGCAAGUGCUAUUUCUUUGAUAAUUUGGGGAAAUUAAGCCCUCAGGGACUUGAAGACGGCUCUGAUCGCAGAUUCAACGACGUUCUUCUCCGGCGAUUUCUCAGACAUGUGCGCUUCAAGGAAAGGAGGAGAGGAGCAGGUGCGUCAAUCCAGCGACGGCAAUUUUCAGUCUUGAAUACUGAAGAUGAAGAAACCGAGCAACUCAGGGCCUCAGUUGACUUUCUGGUGGAGCUUUGCGAUACUGUUUCUCCUGUGGGAGAGGCUAAUUUUGCUAACUGGGCACACCAAGCUGUAGACUUUAUUUUAGCUUCAUUGAAGAAUAUUUUACCAAGGGGAAAAGACACGAAACUCAUUGAAGGAAUCGUCAACGGCUUAAUUAUGCGUCUUGUUAGAAGGAUGUGUUCUCCAUCAAAAGUAUUUGAGUCACUUCAUACUGGCUUGGAUGCCCAGUUCUAUGUUCAGCAUCUGAUCCGUAAGCUUGGAAGUGAAGCCUACGUUGGACAACGUGCAAUUCUUUUAGUUUCUCAAAGAAUAUCUGUGCUAGCUGAAAGUUUUCUUUUCUUAGAUCCAUUUGAUGAUUCUUUUCCCGGCAUGCAUGGCUGUAUGUUCACCCUGAUUCAGCUUAUUGAGUUUCUGAUAUCUGACUACUUAUUAAUUUGGUCGAGUGCUGAAGGCUUUGACAAGAUGCUGUUUGAAGAGUGGGUGGCAUCUAUUCUCCAUUCACGGAAAGCACUAGAACUUCUGGAAAGCAGAAAUGGGCUUUAUGUGCUUUACAUGGAUCGAGUCACAGGUGAAUUGGCUAAACAAGUGGGUCAGUCUUCAUCACUCCAGAAGCUCAAACCGGACAUUCUUGAUAACCUGUUCCACUGACUGCAUUGUCGCAUACAGCUUCUGAGAAAUCUCAUGAAAAAAGCGUCCCGAAUCCCCCCAGAAGAGCUUUUGGCAAGCAUCUGCAACGGGAGACACAAUUGGCAGAUGCCUCAUUUUACAACCGGAAGCUUGGAGUUCACAUUAAAAGGAGGGGGAGAUUUGGAACACGUGCUGGAACAAGAUCUUCAGCAGUUCGAAUCCAGAGAUCAUCUUCCUUCCAUGUUGGCUCUGUUCUCUCAAUCUCCCUCUUCCUCAGUUUCUUCAUGUCAUAGCAGUGAGAAGUUGUGUCAAAUACAAUGGAUUUUCGCUUAAUUUGAUUGCAGCAAAGUUCUGCUUGUUUGAGUUCCUUUUUGUGUUAAGGUUAUGAGAUUUGUUCUUUUUCAUUAUUCGUAAAUAUUGCAGGCUUGAAUACAGACAAAAAAUAUCAAGUGUGACAGCAGAUUGUAUUUCACCGUCUAGUUCAGAUAAUGAAGUUGGCAGUACCAGUAUAGAUCCAAGAAAAAUUCUUAAUAUCAGCCACUAUUUACCACUUCACAUCCUACACCCUAAAAAACACUCCCACACCCUAUGAAAAACACCCACACACUCUAUGAAAAAGCUAUAAGCGUUGAGUGUGAGAGUGAAUAGUAGCUGAUGCAUAGUAAAUCCCGGAGAUAAUAUAAACGGAUGAGGUUGGAAUGUGGAUUGAAGUUGAAAUCCCAUGACAUCAUAAACACUAUCAAUAAAAUUAAAGAUAUUCCGCUUUGAUAGUGACAGCAAAGUUUGUCUUCUUGAAUAUGUGCUUAGAUCUCUCUUCUUUCCAUGGAUUUACAUCAUUAAGCUAUUAAAUAAGCUUGUAUCUAUAUGGCUGAAAUGAAGAGUAAUGAGAUUAUAGAACCAAGUAUAAAUUAUUACCCUAAGCAUCGGAAUUUAGGAUAAUUGAUAAGCAAUUGUCUUAUCCUGUUUUUUUAAAGCAAGGCAUAUUAUAUUGUAAAGCCUUAAUAGAUGCUCUGAUAUCUCAAUUUAUUGUUGUCCAUACUCAAUAUAGUCAAAAGAUACACCAUGGUGGCCAGUAAUGACUACUAAUGGACAACACAACAUUGGUCGACACUCUUAACAUUUUUGUCAAACACCCAUGGCCAGAUUAUAUAUGAAACUUUAUUUCUUGAUUUCACUGUUCUAUAUUAAUUUGCUUUGCAACGACUGCUUUCAUAACAUUCAUAAAAAUUAAAUAGAUUGAGAGAGUAUUAACAGGGUUUAUAAUAUGGAUUAAAGAAUUAAAUUCACUUAUUUCAUCAGCUUAAGUUUUGAGGAUAAUUAAUUAUUUGAUAUGGUAUCAUUGCAGUGGUUUUUAAUUUAUUUGAUCUUCAUUUUAGUUAAAUAUUCUGUAUGUCGCGGGAAAAGACAUGGCAUCAAAUUCCCUCAAUCUUCUUUUAAUGGAAAAAAAUAUGCCAUCUUUUU